AUGAAACAAAUAUUUGUUCCCAACGUCUAUGCAGGAUUCUGGUACAACGGCGAAAAAGAAAUCCGGGAAGUAUAUUUUGAGAACAAGAUGUCCAUAUUGGUUGGUGUGCCACGAAUGAGACAAGUCAGAAUUACAACAAGUUCUUGUGGUAGGCUCAGCCACAUUAUUGCAAAUUGUCAUUAUGACUACACUCCAAAAAUCGAGGACAGAACCAUGUUCAGCUUGCCUGGCUGGAUGCCACUGUCACGGAACACUUCAUUUCCUGAAGCUCUUGCUGUUUGCCCAGAACCUUGGCGAUACCAAACCCCGCAAGAAAUCAAGAGUGGUGCAGUUCGCGGUAAAUACAAACUUUACGAGGGUGGAGGAUAUAUAGCCAUUCUAGGGUACGACAAGGAAACAGCAGAUCGCGUUGUUAGGGAGGCCUCUGCGAAUAGAUGGGUUGAUCAACAGACAAGGGCUAUUAUGGUAGAACUCACUGUAUUUAACGCCAACACGAAUUUGGUCAGCAUCGCUACUUACUUUUAUGAGGUACUCGCAACUGGAGCAGCCUUUACAUCAGUGCGGGUUGACACACUUGAAUUGUACAGCACACAGUCGGGAACUCAAGACUUUUAUCUCAUUUGCCAAUUUCUAUUCAUAGUUAUGGUGCUUUUCUAUUUUGUUAUGAUUUUAAUCAAUCUCUGCCGACAGAAACUUAGCUUUUUUACGUGCCCGUGGAACAUUGUUCAGGUUUUGCAAGUUGCUUCAUCUGCAUCUUCUGUCGCCUUCUACAUAGUACGAGCAAAAUGUGUCUUGCAGAGCAUCAAGGAUAUUCACAGGAAUCCCUAUGGCUUAAUUAACUUCCAAACAUCACUUUCUUGGGCAAACUAUGAAAACAUUUUGAUCUCCUUCGCCAUAUUCUUGGCGACCGUGAAGCUUUUACAUCUUAUUCGUUUCAACCCCUCAGUGGUAUAUUUAUUUUCGUCCUUCCGACAGUCUAUCACCUACCAGAUAUCAUACUUUUUCUUUUUUCUGCUCAUCCUCAACGCGUUCGCCAUAUGCGGAGUAAUGCUGUUUGGACGAACGCUUCAAUUAUACUCCAGCUAUACAAGUGCUUUCACUGGUCAAAUUGAAUUUUUGCUUGGGAAAGCUUUCCCGCUAGAGGAGAUUCGAGUUGAAAAUCGAAUCAUUGGUCCAGCAUUCGCUGUCCUUUAUACGCUGACAGUGCUAAUUUUACUUGUCAAUAUGAUAGUGUCUAUGCUCAACGAAUCUUACACUCAAGCCAAAACCAACGUCGAAGAUAGUGUGGAGGAUCUUGAAAUGGCUCAUUUUAUUGGGGAACGUUUCUCAGGAAUAUUUGGUAGCGAGAAAAGAGGAACUGAUUUAAAGAAGUUGUUUUGCGACGAAGCCGUGGUGGUCAACAUGUGUCACUCGGAUGCUGAGCCAUUUUGUUUGAACUCUGAUGUGAUCCUCCAAUGCACAGACGAACGUUCAGAGAGAGUGGAUAAACAGCUCGCAAUGCUUCUCAAGUUGACACGCAGUCAGGAGAAAGAUAGUAUAGGAGAAGAUGUUGAACUGUUAAAGCUGAUAGUACAAUAA